AUGGGCGGCGGGAAUGGAAAGGCGGUUUACGUCGACACCGAAGGGACCUUUCGGCCGGAGCGCAUUCGCCCGAUCGCGGCGCGCUUCGGCCUCGAUCCGGAGGCGAUCCUCGACAACAUCCUCGUCGCCCGCGCGUACACGCACGAGCACCAAUUUCACCUUAUUUCCAUGGUCGCCGCGAAGAUGGCCGAGGAGCCUUUCAGCCUGCUCGUCGUCGACAGCAUCACGGGGCUCUUUCGCGUCGACUUCUCCGGCCGCGGCGAGCUCGCGGAGCGGCAGCAGAAACUCGGGCGAAUGAUGAGCCAACUGUUGAAGAUCGCCGAGGAGUUCAACAUCGCGGUCUACAUCACAAACCAGGUCGUCUCGGAUCCCGGCGGGGCCUCGAUGUUUGUCGCCGAUCCCAAAAAGCCGAUCGGGGGCCACGUGUUGGCUCAUGCCUCCACAACGCGGCUCUCCCUUCGAAAAGGGCGUGGCGACCAACGGAUCUGCAAAAUUUACGAUAGUCCAUCCUUGCCAGAGAUGGAGUGCACCUACAGCAUCUCCGAUCAAGGUAUUAUUGACGUUGUCGAAUAG